CUUAGCAAAGAUGAAGGGAUAAGGAAGUUAGGAAGGAAGAGGAGGAGAAGCCAUAAAGAAAAAGAUGGCGGGCGGCGUGUCAGUGCAUCCGAGGUUGAUGUAUUCUUUCGUCGGAACUCGUCUCCGACGUUGCUCCUUGCAACAACCCCUUCCUCAACUAUUUCGUUACAACCCAGGAAGCAAGCAUGUUUCCAUGCGGUUAUCUCGAACAUUUUCUGGCAUCACCAGUCUCUUAUUCAAUAGAAGAAAUGUAGAUGAAUUGCCAGGCAAGCGCAAACGUCUGAGGCCGGGAAAUGUUUCUCCUCGUCGAGAAGUUCCGAAGGAUAUUCCUAGGCCUCCAUAUGUAAAGUCUAAAACUCCAGCAGGACUUGUGACUGGCCCUGAAGUUCAUGAUGAGAAGGGGAUAGAAUGCAUGAGAGCUUCUGGAAGGCUUGCUGCACAGGUUCUUCAAUAUGCUGGCACCUUAGUCAGGCCAGGCAUAACAACUGAUGACAUUGACCAAGCUGUUCACCAAAUGAUAGUUGAUAAUGGUGCAUACCCAUCUCCUCUUGGCUAUGGUGGUUUUCCAAAGAGUGUCUGCACGUCCGUGAAUGAAUGCAUUUGCCAUGGAAUACCGGAUUCCCGUGUGCUUGAGGAUGGUGAUAUAAUCAACAUUGAUGUUACCGUUUAUUUAAAUGGCCAUCAUGGUGACACAUCUGCAACUUUCUUUUGUGGAGAUGUUGAUGAUGAGGCAAGAAAACUAGUUCAGGUAACUAAAGAAUGCUUAGAUAAAGCAAUAUCAAUAUGCGGUCCGGGUGUGGAAUACAAAAAGAUAGGCAAAAUAAUUCAUGAUCAUGCAGACAAAUUCGGUUAUGGGGUCGUGAGACAGUUUGUUGGUCAUGGAGUUGGAAAAGUUUUUCAUGCUGAUCCAGUUAUUCUUCACUAUAGAAACAAUGAACGUGGACGGAUGAUGCUAAAUCAAACCUUUACAAUCGAACCAAUGCUAACUAUAGGCAGCAUCAAACCUGUUUUGUGGGAUGAUAACUGGACAGUGGUGACGGAAGAUGGAAGUCUUUCGGCGCAGUUUGAACACACCAUUCUUGUAACCUCGGAUGGAGUCGAGAUUAUGACUCGAUGCUGACGGACACAACAGUUAAUAUUUGCGGAUAGCCAAUUGGAGAACCACUAUUAUUGAAAACUUAAAUUGAUUUAAUCACUUCCAGACUAAAAGGGAGUAGAUUCUGAAAGAUUAAAAGAACUAAAAUUUUUGUUGAUAGUCUCCCCUGCUUCUUGUAUUCUUUCUGCAGGUUAGUUCAUCAUGGUUUUCCAAUUAUAGUUGACACAUUCUUUCACAGUUUUUCUCAAAAUUUGGGGAGAAAAAUAUGGGUUCAGGUUUUGAGACUGUAUACUUAGUAACCUUAUAUGCAAGUAAGAAGGAACCAUGUGCUGUAUUAUCUUUUUCAA